AUGGUUUCGACGAGGCAGAUGAGUAGCAUAGGAAGCAACAAUGGGACCGGAGACGGCGCAGGCCCAUCUCAUGCGGAACCGGUCACGGUGUCCCGUGUGACACGGCACUCGAGCGCUUUGCUCCCGGGGGGCUCUUCUCCGCAUGCCGGUUCUUCUAAAAAUACAUUAGUACCGGCUCCUAAAACAUUCACCACCAACUUCCUCGACAUGCCCGUAGAAGUCGUAGAAAAGAUUUUGCGCUACUUGGGAUUUAAAUCUGUAUCGCAGUUACGAAUGGUCAACAGGCAAUUCAACACAAUUUGCAGCAGCUUAUUGAAUUCAACAUUCCAACGUUUACAAAAUCAGAUGUUGCAUAGAUUUCAGUCAAUCAAAGCUAAAAUGCCACGUAGGGAGUCUGCUCGUCGAAGCCAUCCAUUGGCCUGUGAAUCGGAUAUAAUUGAAACUUUACAUAUGAGACUGAGCCUACUGCAAAUGACCUUCGGCAAACAUAUUGAAAGGAAACAUUGUUGCUUUUUCCCUGGAGAGAUAUUAGAUGAAGUGUACAGUAUAUUGUCAUAUUUGAAAACUACAACAAAGUUGGCAAGACCUUAUAAAGUGACGGAUGAGUUGUUUGAUUUGACUACAAUGGCUAUGGAAUAUUUUAAAGAGCACAUUGAACCCAACCUGCCUGAAAUCACAUAUUUUGGUACAGAUUUCUUCGAUAUAACUAAUGCUUUCUCACCUGGUGAGAGCAGUAAGUCAUACAUUUGCCUAGAUUCACCACCGCCUAGCGGAUUCGAGUCCGGGCAGCAGCAGCCAGGAGGCAGUUCCGCAGGGGAUUGCGAUCUUCCAUCACUAAACUUGUUCAUGGAGGAGAGUCUGCCACCUUCGCCGCCGCCUCCCCCCCAAAGCAACAUGGUACUGAGGAAACGGAUACAUCGUAUCAAACAGGGAAUGAAAAAGUACAACGAUCAACUGUCCGCCUUGCGUAGUGAUUUACGCAGCUGCAAACGCAAGACCGCUCUACAGCAGAAACAAAUUGCGGAACAACAGAAACAGAUAGCGGAGCAACAGAAACAAACUUUAGAGUAUGCGAAUCGUCUCGACGAUUAUGAUAAAAAGAAUGAGGAGACCAGUAGAAAAUUUCAAACUUUGUUGCAGGAGUUAAAUAAGUGCAAGACGGAGUUGCAGUACUGGCGCUCGCGGUCACCGGCAGUGCCUCCAUUGUGUGCGGAGUGCGGUGCUUCGCUGCGGCUUUCGCCUGUUGCAUCAUUGGCGCAGUGGGCGUCUAACAGCGGCGCGGAAACGAACGAGGUGGAGACCGCCGGGGGUAGCAAGGAGGCCGCCUCACUGGCCGCCGGCAACACGCCGACCGUCGCGCCGUCCGCCGAGCCGGAGAAGGCGACCGAGAUCCCGACGCGUAACGAGCACAAGUCCGAAGCGAGCAGCGGCGAAGAGAGCUCCACUCACACCCCGCCCACUCGCCGACGCGCCUCCGCCGACGCGGCGUCCGCCUCGGCGACGCCCGACCGCAAGAAGCGUCGCCUAACGCGCCCCAGGAAGCUC